CAUCCCCGGUGAAGGCGGGCUGCUCAGUUUGAGGUCCUAUGCGGCGCUGGAGCUCCUCCUGCUCGGCUGCGUUUUGACUUCGAGGGUCGUAAAGUUAAUCAGCUCCAUCCGAAAAGCUUCAGUCACCGAGCUGACUGCUUGAAAAGACAUCGAAAAUCCCUCCGUGAGCAGAGCGGCUACAGUGUGAGACGUUCAAGGAGCGUAAACAAAAGGAGCAGGGAUGGUGGUCCCAUACGAAGGCCAGUCCUUCUCCGCUCUGAAGAAGAAAUGCCAACAGAGUAAAACUCUGUUUGAAGACCCUCUGUUCCCGGCGUCGGACCAGUCUCUGUUCUACCAGAAAAAUCAAAUCGGCCGAGUCACCUGGAAAAGACCCAGGGAGCUGUGCAGCGACCCCCAUCUGUUCGUGGACGGCAUCAGUGCCCAUGACUUGCAUCAAGGCCAGUUGGGAAACUGCUGGUUUGUGGCCGCCUGUUCCAGCCUGGCCUCCAGAGAAGCCCUGUGGCAGAAGGUGAUACCGGACUGGAAGGACCAGGAGUGGGACAAGGACAAACCAGAAUCCUACGCCGGGAUCUUCCACUUCCGGUUCUGGCGGUUCGGCGAGUGGGUGGACGUGGUGAUCGACGACCGGCUCCCGACGGUGAACGACAAGCUGGUCUACUGUCACUCCAACGACAAGAACGAGUUCUGGAGCGCUCUGGUGGAGAAGGCCUACGCCAAGAUGUGCGGGUGCUACGAAGGUCUAGAUGGGGGCAACACAGCCGACGCGCUGGUGAACUUCACCGGAGGCGUGUCCGAGCCGAUGGACUUGACGGAGAACGGCUUCAAAACCAACGAGGAGAAACGCAAAGAGCUGUUUGACAGAGUCCUGAAGGUUCACGACAGAGGAGGCCUCAUCAGCUGCUCCAUCCGGGCGCUCACUGCGGCGGACAUGGAGGCCAAGCUGAGCUGCGGUCUGGUGAAGGGACAUGCGUACGCCGUGACGGACGUCCGUAAAGUUCGGCUCGGCCACGGCCUGCUGGCCUUCUUCAAAUCAGACAAACUCAACAUGAUCCGGAUGAGGAACCCCUGGGGGGAGAAGGAGUGGAACGGGCCCUGGAGCGAUAGCUCUGAAGAGUGGCAGAAGGUCAGUAAAAGUGAGCGGGAGAAGAUGGGUGUCACUGUGCAGGAUGACGGAGAGUUCUGGAUGAAUUUUGAUGACUUCAUCGCAAACUUCACAGAUAUCAUCCUCUGUCGUCUCAUCAACACGUCCUACCUGAGUGUCCACAAGACCUGGGAGGAGGCCGUGAUGCGGGGCUCCUGGCGGCGCCACGAUGACCCGCUUUGCAACCGGGCGGGCGGGUGCACCAAUAACAAGCAGACCUUCCUCCAGAACCCGCAGUACGUGUUUGAUGUGAAGAAACCAAAGGAUGAGGUUCUGAUCUGCCUGCAGCAGAAAGACCGCAGAGCCACUCUGAGAGAAGGGCGAGGAGAAAACCUGGCUAUUGGCUUCGACAUCCACAGAGUGGAGUUGAACAGGACUUACAGAAUGCACGUCACCCAGCAGAAGGUGGGAGGAAGCACCUACAUCAACUCCAGGUCCGUCUUCCUGCGCAUCGACCUGACAGAGGGGCGCUACGUCGUCAUACCCACCACAUUCGAUCCAGGCUUGGAGGGAGAGUUUCUGCUCCGCGUCUUCACCGACAUGCCCUCCGACUGCAAGGAGCUGACGCUUCACGAGCCUCCUCAUACCUGCUGGUCCGGGAUGUGUGGUUACCCCUCGCUGGUCACUCAGGUCCAUGUCCUGCAGGCGGACGGACUCGCAGGACACGACUCCAAUGGAG